UGAGCAUGUGAGGAGAGGAGGAGGAUGCGGCUGCCAUGGUAACGAGGGCUGUGUAUGGAGGACAGCAGCCAGUCGCAGACAACCACAUUUUUUCUUCAUUCCACUUCCACUUUUCCGAUAUAGAAAACGAUCUGUAGACCAGACGUUUGAUCUGUUCCUCCUGCCUGACGCUCCAAACGCUUCACCUCACAACACUCUCAUCAGACGCGGGAAACGCACACAUCGCCAGGAUGGCAACCAUCACCUGCACGCGCUUCACAGAGGAAUACCAGCUGUUUGAGGAACUGGGGAAGGGGGCCUUUUCUGUGGUGCGGAGAUGUGUGAAAGUUCUCUCAGGCCAAGAGUAUGCUGCAAAGAUCAUCAACACGAAGAAGCUGUCUACUCGGGAUCACCAGAAGCUGGACAGGGAGGCUAGGAUCUGCAGACUGCUGAAGCAUUCCAAUAUUGUGCGGCUGCAUGACAGCAUCUCAGAGGAAGGUCACCAUUACCUCAUCUUUGACUUAGUAACGGGUGGUGAGCUGUUUGAAGACAUUGUUGCCAGGGAAUAUUACAGCGAAGCAGAUGCCAGCCAUUGCAUCCAGCAGAUUUUGGAGGCGGUACUUCAUUGCCAUCAGAUGGGUGUUGUGCACAGAGACUUAAAGCCAGAGAACUUGCUUCUGGCUUCCAAAUCCAAAGGUGCAGCUGUGAAGUUAGCAGACUUCGGCCUUGCCAUUGAGGUUGAAGGGGACCAACAGGCUUGGUUUGGGUUUGCUGGAACUCCUGGUUACCUCUCUCCAGAAGUCUUACGGAAGGACCCGUAUGGAAAAGCUGUAGACCUGUGGGCAUGUGGUGUGAUUCUCUACAUCCUGCUGGUUGGAUACCCACCCUUCUGGGAUGAAGACCAGCAUAGACUCUAUCAGCAAAUCAAAGCUGGCGCCUAUGAUUUUCCUUCACCUGAGUGGGACACAGUCACCCCUGAGGCGAAAGAUCUUAUUAAUAAGAUGCUGACCAUCAACCCAUCUAAACGCAUCAGUGCUGCGGAAUCACUCAAGCACCCGUGGAUCUCACAUCGCUCCACUGUUGCAUCUUGCAUGCACAGACAGGAGACUGUUGAAUGCUUGAAGAAGUUCAACGCUAGAAGAAAGCUCAAGGGUGCUAUUCUCACUACUAUGCUGGCCACCAGAAACUUCUCAGGAGGGAAAAGUGGGAUCAGCAAGAAGACAGAUGGUGUGAAGAAAAGGAAGUCCAGUUCCAGCACCCAGCUGAUGGAAUCGUCAGAGAGUACCAGCACCACAAUUGAGGAUGAGGAUACUAGAGCGAGGAAGCAAGAAAUCAUCAAAGUAACUGAGCAACUCAUUGAAGCCAUCAGUAAUGGAGAUUUUGAGAGUUACACGAAGAUGUGUGAUCCCAGUGUUACAGCGUUUGAGCCUGAGGCCCUGGGAAACCUGGUGGAGGGGCUGGAUUUCCAUCGCUUCUACUUUGAAAACUUGUGGUCGAAGAACAGCAAGCCGGUUCAUACCACCAUCCUGAACCCUCAUAUCCACUUGAUCGGCGAGGACGCCGCCUGCAUCACCUACAUUCGUAUCACACAGUAUCUGGACACCAACGGAAUGCCAUGCACUGCCCAGUCAGAGGAGACACGGAUCUGGCAUCGUAAAGACGGCAAGUGGCAGAUAGUCCACUUCCAUCGCUCAGGCUCCCCGUCUGCCAUCACUAAAUAAGAGAGUCAGGUAACCAAUCUAAAACUGAAUUGU